UUAAUAUAAUAUAUGAUUAGAAUUAAAAUACGUUACCGUACUAUCCUAUAAAUAUGGAUGAUGAACAUUUUGCAGCAAUUCAUCAAUCCAUAUCAAUACCUAGGGCAUUUUCAUCAUGGAAAGCCAAUUCCUUUCUUUUCCAUUCCUUUUCACCUUCCUAGUACUUCUCUUGACGGUAUUAAGAUUAUGGAAAAAAUCCAGAAAAAACUCAGCUCCAAAUCUACCACCAGGGCCACAGAAAUUGCCUAUAGUGGGCAGCAUGCAUCAUUUAUCUGGCUCCUCGUUACCCCAUGUCCGUCUGAGAGACUUGGCCAAAGAGCAUGGGCCUAUUAUGCACCUUCAGCUCGGCGAAGUCACGAACAUUGUUGUUUCUUCGCCUGAAACUGCUAAAGCAGUUAUGAAAACCCAUGAUCACAUUUUUGCUCAAAGACCCUUUCUGCUUGCAGCAAAUAUAAUGGCUUAUAAUUCAACGGAUCUUGCCUUUGCGCCCUACGGAGAUUAUUGGAGACAAAUGCGAAAAAUCUGCACCCAAGAAAUGCUGUCUAAUAAACGAGUGCAGUCAUUCGGAUUAAUAAGAGAAGAAGAAGUAUCAAAAUUAAUUACAGAACUUUCUUCCCGUGCAGGGUCAACAGUCAACUUUAGCAAAAUGUUCAAUUCUGUGACUUACAAUAUCAUUCAAAGAGUAGCUAUUGGCAAGCUGUGGAACGGAGAAGAAGUAGUCAUUCCAGCUAUCAAGAAAUUGAUAGAAGCUGCCGGAGGUUUUAGUCUUUCUGAUGUAUACCCUUCAAUCAAAUUGCUUCAUAAAAUUAGCACUACGAGGUUUAAACUACAGAGAGCUCAUAAAGAAGCAGAUCGGGUAUUCCAGAAUAUUAUUGAUGAACACAGGGCUAGAAGGGCAUCAAGAGCUAAAUCUGGUGCAAAGAAUGAAGAAGAAGAUCUAAUAGAUGUCCUUUUGCAAGCUCAGUCUAAAGAAGACCUUGAACACCCUAUAACAGAUGACAACAUAAAAGCUGUUAUCCUGGACGUCUUGUCUGGUGGUAGUGACACAAUCAGCUAACACUGUUAGUAUGGGUGAUG